AUGGAAAAGGAUCAUGUAUCUAAAUGUAUUUCGGAAAUUGAAAACUACUUGAAACAAACAAACGCUAACGAGAAUGUAAUAAAUUCUUUCAACACGCUGAAAAACAUAAUUGUCAACUCUAAACUCAAUCUCAGUGUCGUUAAACUUUUAUUGUCUAAGUUAAAUAAUUCUUCUCCGAGCCUACAGGCCGUUAACCCAAGUAUAUUUAAACCGGAAUCCAGUCCUAAAGAGACCAUGACUCCGGAGAAUCGCGGCUGGACCAUUGGAAAGAGUAGAAGAAGGAACAAGUUGUCGAACGAGAAUGAGUAUAUUAAACAAAUCGGCUUAAACUGGCACUUGGAUUUACUCGAGCUUUCAAACUAUCCAACAGUUCUGGAAGCAGGUCCUAUUGUGGUCGUAGGGAAACAUCUCCUUCAAAGGGUAGGAGAUCUCAUUCACCCGAAUUUCAACACUAACUUAUUACCUAUACUUCAAAAUUUACAGCAACAUUACUUAGCCAACCCUUAUCAUAACGCUCUACACGCAGCCACAGUAGGGCAUAUGAGUAAAUUAUUAUCGAAUAUAGUAACCACAAAACGUAAACUGGAUCCUUACGAAGAGUUUGCGUUCAUAAUAUCAUCGCUAGGGCACGAUGUCGGACAUCCUGGUAAAACUAAUAAUUAUCUUUCUAACACAAAUAAUGUGCUAUCGAUGAUCUACAACGAUAGCAGCACUCUUGAAAACUACCACUGCUCACUUCUGUUUUAUAUCAUGAGAAACAACUCCAGCUUCUACGGACUAAUCCCAAAGCAUGUUUGGUCAUCCCUUCGUAAAAGAAUCAUCCAACUCAUUCUUUCCACUGAUAUGGCUAACCAUUUUCUACAUAUUGACAACGUCAAAGAAAAGAGAAUGGCAGGAACUUUUGAUAUAAAGAAUGAUGAUGAUUAUUGGCUAUUGUUGGUAUUGUGUAUAAAAGCAGCGGAUAUAGGACACAACUUCCUGCCCUGGGUCGACCACCUACCCUGGACACAAGUCCUCUUCGAAGAGUUUUACAAACAAGGAGACGAAGAAAAAAUGCAGUCAAUUCCUCCACUCUUGUUCUUUGAUCGGAAUGAGUCUAACAAUAUACCCAAUUUACAACUAGAAUUCUUCAAUACAAUGACACAACCAUUGCUGAACGAAUUGAAUUAUUUUGACGAGAGUAACUUCAUAAAUGAAAUUUUAUCCAAGAAUUCAAACGAUAAUUCAAAUAAUUGGAAAAAAUACGACAAUAAAACAAUACAUGAAAUCUUAAAUGAGUUAGAAAAUAACAAUGUAAACCACGAAAUUCCCGACGCCUUCAUUAACACUUCAUAA